AUGACUAGAAUAAGUCCAGACUAUGAUGCCAUUGUCAUUGGCGCAGGCUUCAGUGGUGUCCGAUCUCUCUGGGAGCUCCAACGACUGGGUUUGACAGCAAGGUGCUUCGACGCCGGGUCAGAUGUAGGGGGCACCUGGUGGUGGAAUCGCUAUCCUGGAUGUCGGACGGAUGGCGAGGCUUGGGUAUACGCUUUGAAAUUCCUUCCAGAGCUGUUGGAAGAAUGGGACUUCACCGAGCGCUAUCCCUCGCAAGAGGAGAUCCAAUGGUACCUAAGCCGUGUCCUUGACCGGUACGACCUACGCAAGAACAUCGAGUUCAACACAGAAGUCAAAUCAGCCCACUACAGCGACCGUGACAAUCUCUGGACGGUCACUACGGCGGAUGGGAGUGUGGCCACCGCGCGAUACUUCCUUCCUGCCACCGGUAUUACGUCUAUUCCCAAGGAGCCGCCAUUUCCCGGGCUUCAGUCGUUCCAAGGGGAGGUAUAUCAAGCUUCUACGUGGCCAGAGCACGAGGUCGAUUUUCAGAACAAACGAAUCGGUGUGAUUGGCACGGGUUCGACAGGCAUCCAAGUCAUCACCAAGCUGGCCCCCGAUGCUGAGCAGCUGACUGUUUUUCAACGGACACCAAAUUAUGUUAUCCCAGCGCAAAACUAUCCUCUCGACGAGCAAAAGCGGGAAGAUAUCAAGAAGACAUUCGAUGUGACCUGGGAUAUUGCCAAAAUAAACCUGGCCGGUCACGCCGUGAAGCAUUCGGGGAGAACGGUCGCGGGUGUUGGCGACCCAGAAGGCGUUCGACAGGUCUUCGAAGAUGGCUGGGCGCGCGGUUGUUACGAUUUCCAGCUCGGCACGUUCGAUGAUUCCUUCAUGCAUCCAGACGCUAAUGCCGCCACGGCGGACUUUAUUCGUGAGAAAAUCCGCUCUAUCGUUGGCGACCCUGAAACCGCCGAGGUGCUAUGCCCAACUUAUCCGUUCGGUGCCAGGCGUCCUCCUUGCGCAGAUGGAUACUACGAGACAUUCAAUCGAUCGAACGUCAAGCUCGUUGACAUCAGCAAAGACGAGAUCGAACUCUACGAAAAGGGCAUCAAGACUGCCUCCGGAGCGGAAUAUGAGCUCGACAUAAUCAUCCUGGCACUGGGCUUCGAUACCGGCACAGGAGCCAUGAACAAGAUUGACAUCAGAGGCAGCCACAGCAAGUCACUCCGGGAGUCUUGGACGCAGAGACUCGAAACAUUCGCUGGCGUCUUGGUCCAUGGUUAUCCCAACAUGUUCGUCGUCUGCGGUCCCCAUUUGCCCGCAGGGAACCAGCCGGUCAGUCUAGAAGCAUUCGCAAGCUGGAUCGGCAAGACCAUCGAGCAUAUGGAGACCAACGGACUUGCCAGCAUCGACGUGUCGAACGAAGCUAUGAAUGCGUGGACGACGCACGUCGAGCAAGUAUGGGGUGGUUCAUUCCUAGCCAAACAUGCUCACGAGCAAGGCUCUUGGUUCGUCGGCACCAACAUUCCCGGGAAACAGUCCAGAAUCAUGUUCUACUUUGGUGGAAUGGUCAACUUGGAGCCUUGGCUCAUCAAGGAAGUGGAAACUGGCUGGUCGAGCAUGAGCUUUACGCCUCUUGACAGGGCCAAGGCUAGCAAUGGUGUGUCAAAACAGACCGUCGGCGGGGUCCACGUCACACCUGAGAUGCUGGAGUCGGUUCAGAUACCUCUCGAAGCUGACAAAGUGGGCAUGAGCCCGGCGGAGAAAUCCAAGCUCGUUAAUGCUGCGACCGCUGUUUACAUUGACACGGCUGUCGAGGAAAUGAGGAACCGCGGCCUGACCCCGAAGCAGGAUUACCGUGUUCACUGGUGGAAAGUUAUGCAAGCCUUUGUCGAUAGUGUGGAAGGGCAAAGGGUUGUCCAGGAGACACAAUUGACAAAAGAAGGACUCGAAAGCUUGAUCUCCAAACUAGGCAUUGAAGGCGAGGUGAUUGCAAGAAUGGGCCCAGAGAUCGUGAACAUCCUGACCGGCAAAACUCACGCCCUGGCGCAUAUUAUGAGAGACGAUCUGCUCUUCCGUGUGUACCUCUCCGAUGAGGGUAGACGCGCCAACCGCUACAUGGCCGAAUACGCCAGAAUCCUCACUUCACAGCGGAGAGAGCUUAGAAUCCUAGAGAUUGGCGCUGGAACCGGGGCACCACUUCGGAAGUCCUCAACCUAUGCAGCCCCAACGGCGAGUCAUUCUGUGCCAAAUACAUGCUUCUUUAAUGCCGCGAAGACAACGCUGAAGAAAUGGGAGCCCCUCUUGACAUUCAAGGUCCUCAACAUUGAGGAUGACCCCGCGAGCCAAGGUUUCGAAGAGCACACAUACGACUUGAUCGUUGCUGCAAAUGUCAUCCAUGCCACGGCACGCCUAACGAAUACUUUGAGCAAUGUACACAAGCUACUCAAGCCCGGCGGUGUCUUUGGUCUUGUAGAGCUCACCAGAUUAACUCCUUUCUAUAACCUCGCAUUUGGUCCGCUUUCUGGCUGGUGGGCUGGCGUUGACGAGGGGAGAACAGAGAGUCCGUUACAAUCUCCUCAGCAGUGGAAUGAGUUGCUCAAGCAGACUGGCUUCUCUGGUAUUGAUCUGGCUGCCUACGAUCUUCCUGGACCACAGAGACAUAGCUGUCUGUUGCUGUCGACUGCCCUGGCCAAUUCUGUUACCAAUGGGCAUUGA